UGCAACUGGCUACUGAUUGCUUGCAGAAAGGCAAACAGCAAUAACUGGAGACCGAGAUGGCAGAACAUCAGAAAAGAGAUUCUUUUUCUAUCAGUUCAAAGGAGAAGAGUUCGUUGCUAGAUAUGGACUUUGGGAAGGACUUUCUUAGUUCAUGGAAAUCAAUCUCAAUAGCUGAGAGGGAUGAAAUGGAUUUUGAUCUGACUCCUGGGCCUGGCAAUAAGAAGACAUUUAAGUUUGAUAAAGCGGAUGUGGAUUUUAAUUUGGAUGGUGAUUUUGGAAAAAUGUCAUCUUUCAAGAUGGAUAUGUCUGAUCUGGAUAUCUCCCCUCCACUUAAAAAGGAUGAAAACCCCAAGGAGAAGCCAAAAGAAUCGUCAUCCAGUGGAAAGGAUAAAGGAAAAGCUGACCAUUUUGCUUUUGCAUUUGACUUUGAUGAGUUGGACAAUUUCAAUUUCGAGUCAAAUUUAACAAAAGAUGUCUCAAAAGCUGAAAAAGACAAAAAUAAGGAAGGUACUUCUCUGAGUGGAAGCGGGUGUCAAGAAGAGGAAGGUUCCAUGCACAAGAAAGAUAUUAGAAGUAUGACCGUUUCAGAAGAUUGGGCACAAAAUGCAUCUGUAAAUGGAACUGCGAUGAAUGUUGAUAUGGAUAGCCCGGUUGGAGAAGAUGCAGAUCAUGAACCCAUACUCCCUUCUAAAUGUGCAAUGGAUGAUGAUGAUACUCCAGAACAUUCAGCUGCUAUUCAUGAAUCCGAUAAAGCAACGAGUCAUUUUGAUACAACAAUUGAUUUCAUGGAGGUACUUAAAGUGGGUCCAUCUGAAAAUUUGGUUUCAGCCAAACCAGUUCAGCUUGAAGGUUGUACUGGAAAUGAUGAUGGCAAAGAUAAAUCAUCUGAUUCGCACUUUAUCAAUGAGCCGACUGGAGACCAUUCAUCAGAGGAACAUGAUGACGCUAAUUCCGUGAGUACGAACACAACUAGUUCAAAUCGAAAACAAGAUUUUGAUCAUACGUCUAUUGACAGUUCAUCCUGUCAUUACAAAUAUGCAAUACCUGUCAACUCACACCUCCUCCAUACUGUUGAGAUUGCUGAGGAGAAUACUGGUAAAAAGAAUGAAGUUGGGGUUGAAGACCAUGUGAUGAACAACCGAGACAGAGUUGAAGUAGGUAAAGUUAAAUCACUCGUUGAGAGUUCUUGUGCCACUAGUGCUGUGCCAGGAAUACUCGGUGACAAAACAUCUACCAGGGAGAAAAAUUUGGAGAUUUUGAAGUCAAACUUUGUCGGUCAAACAGCUGAUCUGUCAGAGAAAGAAACAGAUGAAGGAAGAAAGCCAAGUGCACCCUGCUCAAAAUCUUUCAUUCAGACAGAGAAACCAGUAUGUCCUGCACCGGAUGUCUCAAACCAGACAAUAUUUGCCCCAUUAAGUACUAGAAAGAUGGGCACCCUUCAACCCAGUCUAGUUGGACGGAAAAGAGAGGGCGUGGUUAGUACUCAAAGUGAUACAAGAGUAGCCCCUCUCCCCUUGCAAUAUUCCAAACUAGUGAAAACACAGCUAAAGGAAUUUCCCAAGAUACAGAAGCAGGAAAGCUAUGUGGCUCUCAAGGUCCCCAGUGCUGAGGGGCUAGAAAAUGGGAAGAAGCUGAAUGAUUCUUCUAGCGCACUAGGUAAGGAGACAGAAACGACAAAAGAGAAGAGCGUGAAAGAUACGGAUGCUCUUAGAAACUCUGGCUCUUCCUUUUCCUUGGAGGUGAACAAAAAUGCAGAACAGAAGGGUGGAAAUCCAAUUUCCUUCGCAGCUAUUCGAUUAAGUAAUAAACAAAUUCCUGCUGAAGAACAUAAUAAGCUUUUCUCGAUUGAACGUGGUAGGAAGACCCCUGAACCCCCAGGCGUGAAACUCCAAUGUUUAAACAUUGAGUCAACAAAGCCCGCAAUUCAGAAAGAUAUUAAUCCGAUUGGAAGCACUGUUCAGAACAGGGUUUUAUUAAGGAAAUCAACAUCUGAUAUUGCUCAUUCGUCAAACGCCAAGAAGCAAAUACCUACUGCCCAAUCCACAAAGAGAAAAACACCGGAGGGGGUUACCACAAACAUUAGUGUCUUGAAUCCAUCCAAAAGACUCAUCCAAUCACCUACUGCUAGCAGAAUUGCUGUGGACUCAUCAGAAAAGAUUCUUGACCUAAAGGUACCCAACCACAGUAACAUUGAAAAUAAAAGCAUCAAAAGUACAAUGUUCAACACCGAACUCUCUACACUUAACAUCCCUCAUGAGGCAAAUGUCAAAGAAGUACUUUCUACACUUAACAUUCCCCACGAGGCAAAGGUCAAAGAAGUGAACAUGUCAUUCUCGAUUGAGAGUAAUAACAACAUCAAACAAGCUGAAGCUCAUGGCAAGGAGCUCGACGAUCUGUGCAAUAUGCUGAGGAAGAAACACGAUGAAGCGAAAGAACUACUGGUUCAGGCUGUCGUGAAUAGCAAUAAGCUGCUGAUGCUCAACAAUCCCCUUCUACAUGAAAAGAUAUCCUUUUCUAUUGAAUUACUAAUUUAA